AUGUCCGUGCAACAACCUCCAUGGUCCAUUCCAGCGAAAGAAACGGAAGAGCCAGUAUUACGACUGUAUAAUUCUCUAACAAGAACUAAGACUGAAUUCGUUCCUCGAAAUGGCCGACUUGUCAAGUGGUACAAUUGUGGCCCCACCGUGUACGACGCUUCGCACAUGGGACAUGCAAGGAACUAUGUUACUCAAGAUAUACUCAGACGCAUUAUGACGGAUUACUUUGGUUAUGAUGUCCAAUUUGUAAUGAAUGUUACGGACAUUGAUGACAAGAUCAUUGAACGAGCUCGUCAAAAUCAUAUCUUGGAAACUUUCAGAUCUCAGACGAGUACUUUGACACCCUCCCUCCUCGAUAAAAUCCGCAACUCUUGGACAAGUUAUCUUCGCAAUCGCGUCAACAAAGGUGUACCUGAAAACGAGAAGAUUAUCGAAGGGCGGGAAGAGGAGUCGUGGCGUACAAUAUGUGCUUCUUAUCAAAACUCAGCAUGGAAACAAGAGUGCCUGAAAAGGGACGAAAAGUUCGAUAUGUAUUAUUCUGCAGCACGCCGCACCUUGGAAGCCAUCGAUAUUGCGAAAUCUCAUUUAGAAAAUGGCAGUGUCAGCUGCAAUCAUGCUCACCAACUUAUCGACUCAUCAAAGGAUGUACUGGUGCUGAGUCUUGAUGCUGAGUUCAAGUCUACAGUUACAGAUCCCGCUAUAUCCAGAAAGCUCGCCUCCUUUUGGGAAGGCAAAUUCUUUGAUGACAUGGCUCGCCUAAGAGUCAGAGAUCCUGAUAUAGUGACACGAGUUACUGAAUAUGUGCCAGAAAUUGUCUCUUUUGUUGAACGCAUCAUAUCGAACGGUUAUGCAUAUGAGUCGGAAGGAAGUGUAUACUUCAAUACUCCCGCAUUUGACAAAUCCGAAAACCAUAACUAUGCCAAAUUAGAGCCCUGGAGUACCGGAAAUCGGGAUCUUCUUGAAGAGGGAGAAGGGUCACUAGCUAGCAAAACUGGCAGACGAUCGGCCGCUGACUUUGCACUGUGGAAAGCAUCGAAACCAGGAGAACCAUCAUGGCCAUCACCUUGGGGUCCUGGCCGUCCAGGUUGGCAUAUCGAGUGUUCCGUUAUGGCUAGCGCCAUCUUUGGAGACAAUAUGGACAUUCAUUCGGGGGGCAUCGAUCUUGCCUUCCCUCAUCACGAUAACGAGAUGGCUCAAUCCGAAGCCUACCACGACUGCAAAGCCUGGGUUAAUUACUUCCUUCACACAGGCCAUUUACAUAUUGAAGGAUUAAAAAUGAGUAAAUCAUUGAAAAAUUUCAUUACCAUAGAUGAAAUCUUGGAAAAGUUUACUGCUCGCCAAUUACGGCUUGCCUUUUUGACUCAGCUCUGGAAUUCAAAGGUCGACUUUUCCGAAGCAUUGAUGACAGGGGAGGUUCGUAACCUCGAGAUUACCCUCAACAAUUUUUUUACCACAGUCAAGGCACUCGUAUAUCAAGCAAACGCAGAAGAAGUGGCAUCUGACGGUCGACAUCACUUCGAACUACCAGAGCAAGAGUUAUUAUCAACUUUGUAUCAGAGUCAAAUGACUUUCAGGGAACACCUUUGUGAUUCUUUCAAUACACCGGGAGCAGUAGACGUCCUCCGUGAUUUAGUAUCGAAAACAAACGUAUACAUCAAUAAUCGUGGCAAAGCGCUCAACGUCAAACUGGUAGAAAAUAUCGCUAAUUGGGUUGGCAAGAUGUUGAAAAUGUUCGGCCUUGGGGAGGGUGAGAAGUCCGAAAUUGGUUGGGGCCAAUUAGACGAAGCUGGAGGAAAUGCCAACAGGGAAGAGAUUCUGAUGCCGUCGUUGAGGAUCUUGUCAUCAUUCCGCGAUAAUGUUCGAAAGCUGGCGAUGGCUAAAGGUGACAAUGCCCUGAAGGAUAUUCUUGCACUGUGCGACAAACUACGUGAUAACGAUCUUGUUAGUGUGGGCGUCGCAUUGGAUGACCAAGAAGAUGGCAAAGCUUUGGUCAAAUUGGUUCAUCCAGCAGAGUUGAUGAAGGCGAGAGAGGAAAAACGUGCAUUGAUGGAAGCAAAAGCGGCUAAGAAGGCAGCUUCUGUCGAGGCAGAACGCCAAAAACGACUCCAGAAAAUUGAGAAGGGGCGUGUGCCUCCUCAUGAGAUGUUUAAGCCCCCGAAUGUCCAAGAGGGAUUAUAUUCGUCGUGGAAUGAUGAAGGGCUCCCUCUCACCGACGGUGAAGGCAAAGAAUUGACGAAAAACCAGGCGAAGAAGGUCCAAAAAGAAUAUACAAACCAAGCAAAAUUACACGAGGAUUUCCUUGCGUGGCAGAAAACCAACGCUAACUAG